AUGUCUCCGUAUAGGUUAGUGUUCAGCAAGAUGUGCCACUUGCCAGUGGGACUGGAGCACAAGACAUACUGGGCGGUCAAAGAGAUUAACAUGAAUCCUCGAGCUUGUGAGGAAGAGAGGAAAUUACAGCUCCAUGAGUUGGAAGAAUUGAGGCUUGAGACUUACGAGUCCGCGAUGUGGCUUAAGCUAAUGCCUGGAAAGCUAAAGUCCAAGUGGAUCGGACCGUAUACUAUCGUUGGCCUUCGCGCAAAUGGAGCAGUAGAGAUCCAAGGAGGCGCCUCAAAUUCUGUGUCUUUCCUCAUCAAUGGUCAUCGUGUGAAGAGCAUUUAG